AUGUGUGGAAUUUGGUGCAUAUUUGGUUCAACAGUUGAUACUCAUCAACAAAUUCCAGGAUGUUUUAAUAUCGCUCAUCGUGGUCCUGAUUGUUUUCGAUUUGAGAAUGUUAAUCAUUUUUCAAGAUGUGUUUUUGGUUUUCACCGUUUAGCAAUUGUUGAUGAUAUUUAUGGCAUGCAACCAAUGCGUAUUCAUGCACUACCACACAUAUGGAUGAUUUAUAACGGUGAAAUUUAUAAUUUCCGACAGACACAAAAAAAAUUUGGUUAUCAAUUUGAAACAUCAUGUGAUGGAGAAAUUUUAAUUCAUUUAUAUAAUGAUAAAGGUGCACGUUUUAUGUGUGAACAACUUUAUGGUGUUUUUGCUUUUGUAUUGUUUGAUACAAAAGAACGAAAAAUAUUUGUUGGUCGAGAUACAUUUGGUGUUCGACCUUCUUUUCGUAUCUUUACUGAAUGUGGAUUUUUAGCUGUUUCAUCCGAAGCCAAAGGACUUGAAGGUUUAACAGUAGCAUCAAAUCAACAAUUAAAAGCUGAAGCUUUCGAACCUGGUACAUAUGAAGAAUAUAAAUUAGAUGAGAAUGAAAAAGUUGAAUUUAUUAAAAAGGAACGUUUUCAUUGUAUUGGAACAUUUCCAAAAUAUGAUGUUAAUGUUACUUUAACAGAUGAUAUAUCAUUAAAUAUUCGUUCAUAUCUUACCAAUGCCGUUCAAAUGCGUUUAAUGUCACAUCGACGUAUUGGUUGUAUGUUAUCAGGUGGUCUUGAUUCAAGUUUAAUUGCUGCUUUAACUGUACAAGAAGCUCGAAAACAAGGUAUUACUUAUCCAAUUCAAACAUUUUCUAUUGGAAUGGAUGAAGAAAGUCCUGAUUUAAUUGCUGCACGAAAAGUAGCAAAACAUUUAGGUACUGAACAUCAUGAAAUACGUUUUACAGCUGAUGAUGCAAUAAAUUAUUUAAAAAAUAUAAUCAAGUCACUUGAAUCAUAUGAUAUAACAACAAUUCGAGCAUCAAUUGGAAUGUAUUUUGUAUCAAAAUAUAUUCAAGAAAAAACUGAUACUGUUGUUAUUUUAUCUGGCGAAGGCGCUGAUGAAGUUUGUCAAGGUUAUAUUUAUUUUUAUCGACAACCAACACCAGAAGAAGGUGAUAAAGAAAGUCGUCGUCUUUGUCAAGAUCUUUAUCUCUAUGAUGUACUUCGUGCUGAUCGUACAACAGCUGCACAUGGACUUGAAUUACGUGUACCAUUUCUCGAUCAUGCAUUUACAUCUUAUUAUCUUUCAUUACCAGCAAGUGAACGAGCACCAACAAAAGAACGAGCUGAAAAAUAUCUUUUAAGAAAAGCAUUUGAUGAUCUUGAUUUGAUACCAUCAGAAAUUCUUUGGCGACCAAAAGAAGCUUUUUCGGAUGGUGUUGCUGCGAAGAAAAAAUCACUUUUUCAAUACAUGCAAGAAUAUGCUGAAACACAAGUCUCUGAUGCUGAUCUUCAACGUGCUUCUACUUUAUAUCCAACCAAUACACCAAAGACUAAAGAAGCAUUUUUAUAUCGUUCAAUAUUUGACAAAUAUUAUCCUGGUCAACAACAUCUUACACCAUAUAUGUGGCUUCCAAAAUGGUGUGGUGACCAAACAGAUCCAUCAGCACGUGUUCUUAACCAUUACAAAGAACAACAAGGCGAUGCAAAUAAAUCUUAA